UGAUGAUAUCGAUAACAUUCGCCACAUAAUAUUGACAAAUACAACAUCUUACCAAUUUUGAUUACGUUUUCCGCCGGUAAUAUUACCAGAAAGUCCGGAUUAUGGCGCCUCCGGCUGCGCGGGCUCGCUAUAUAGCCAACAAGGCGGAUAACCAGAUUCUGUCAAAAAAGCCGCCCAAACGAGUGGGCCUGAAUGGAAACAACAAGACCAAGGAUGUAGCACCGGCCGGCAAAAAGAAGGAGAAAGAUGUCAAAAAGCGAAAGCAAUCCACGAGUGGAAGCCAGGAAAAGGGCAUCCCCAAUCCUAUAAUGCCCAGUGUGCAGACCGCUUUCAAGACCUUUGUGAGUGCUCGGUUGUGUAGCGCCAUUUGGGCAUAUAUAGCCGACUGCGACGAGACGUUCAACUACUGGGAACCGCUACACUACAUCAUCAAUGGCCAUGGAUUGCAGACGUGGGAGUACAGUCCGCAGUUUGGACUUCGAUCCUACACCUACCUAUUGCUGCAGGGCGUGCCCGGAUAUCUUUACCAAAAGAUGUUCAAUCCUAGUCCCAUUCUAAUUUUUUACAUGGUCAGGUGUAUGUUGGGCUUCGCCUGUGCCGUAAUGGAGCGAUAUAUGUAUAAGUCCAUUUGCCAAGAGUUCGGAAUACACAUCGGUCGUCUGUGGCUGAUAUUCCAGCUCUUUAGCGUGGGCAUGUUUGUUUCCAGCACCGCUCUACUGCCAUCCUCGUUUUCCAUGUACUUUGGAUGUGCUGCACUGGCCGCCUGGUGGCAGCAAAACUAUUGUUUAGCCAUAUUCCUGACUGCCAUAUCUGCUCUGCUGGGUUGGCCAUUUGCAGCGCUUAUUGGCAUCCCUCUGGUGCUGGAGAUGCUUCUCAGGCAGCGAGACUGGAAGACCUUUGUUCAAUGGACCCUGAUAUCUGGCGCCACUGUUGCUAUUCCUAUGAUCGCCAUCGAUACCAGUUACUUUGGAAAACUGACAUUUGCUCCUCUUAAUAUUGUAUGGUAUAAUGUGUUUACCAGCCAUGGACCAAACAUUUUUGGCACGGAGCCACUAAGCUACUAUAUUGUCAACGGUUUCCUCAACUUUAAUAUUAUUUGGAUUCUGGCUCUACAACUACCCAUGAUGCUGGUCAUGGACUAUAUAAUUGUGCCAGCGAAAUCAAAGUCGACUUUAAACUUUCCGCACUAUAUAUCGUUGGCUCCUCUCUACCUGUGGCUCCUUGUAUUUUUCGCCCAACCACACAAGGAGGAACGCUUUCUUUUCCCAGUAUAUCCUUUAAUCUCGCUUUGUGGAGCAAUCACGGUGGAUGUGUACCAGCGUAUCUUCUUCCGCUUCAAAUCGCUGGUGUUCAAAAUUAAGUCGGGAGUUCAUUAUUUGGACCACAGCAUGUUCAUAGCCAUCCUAGUAAUGGUGACCAGUACAUUACUGGGACUUUCAAGGGUAUUUGCUUUGUACAGGAACUACCAUGCCCCUAUGGAUUUGAUGCUGGAGCUAAAUCAGUUUAAGGCGACGCCGCAAUAUAACCCAGAUGUGAUCUAUAACGUUUGCAUUGGCAAAGAUUGGCAUCGCUAUCCAGGCAGCUUCUUCUUUCCCGCCCAGAAUUUCCGUCUGCGUUUCUUGAAAUCCGAGUUUCGGGGAAUGUUACCAGCUUACUAUGAUAUAGGCCAAAAUGCCACCAAGGUGGUGCAUCCGUACUUUAAUGAUCUCAAUCAGGAAAACGAACAUAUGUACUUCGACUAUGACCGGUGCGAUUUCCUCGUCGAUUUUGAUGAAGGCAAGUAUACGGCGCUGGAACCAAACUAUUCAAAACGAUCCAAGGAGUGGUCGAUAAUGAAGAGCCUACCCUUCUUAAUUCCGGAGAAGUCGCACCAAGUACUGCGUGCCUUCUAUGUGCCAUUCCUGACCGACAAUCACAUUCAGUAUGGAGACUUUAACCUGCUCAAGAGAAAGACAAAACGAAAUGGCAGGUAAAGGCAGGCCCAGAUUGAAGGAGUCUGAGGUCAUGCCAUUAAUACAGCAUUUUAUCCUUAAUAGAUGGGGUAAUUAACUUAUUCCUUUGAUAAAAUUUAACAAUAAUUCCAAGCAAUGUGCUUAAGAAACUAUAUCUUCAAUAUGUUAUUCAUAUUGAACGAAAAGUGUUUUUCAACCAAAGUCUUUUCGCCCCAUAGAGCGUUUCACUGUAUUUGAUUGAAUUUUCUUUACCCAACCAUUGAAUUGUAAUAUCCUACCUAUUAUUUGUUCUAAGUCAACCGUUUAUAAACCUAGUUAUUUUUGUUUUGUCCAUGCCAAAGUUGUGAAGAUCACCAGAAUCGAAGUAGAACUUAAGCGCCAAGAAUAUAAACAACGAGAUUCGUA